AUGUUUGAUACUGAUGUUAUUGAUGUUGGGAAUGAUGGAAAGAGAUACGGGUUGGGUCAGUGUAGUAGAGAUUUGAACAAGUUGGAUUGUGAAAAUUGUUUGGAGGAGCUUUUAAUGACUUAUCGAAGGUAUGUGAUGAAUCGAACUGGUUGGGAGAUGUUAGGAGUGAGUUGUGGUUUGUGGUAUGAUGAUGUUGACAACGAUUCAGGGUUGACUCCGACACCAAUCGGUUCAAAUACGGGAGGUGGAGAAAGGUGGUGCAAAGGAGAUUAUGUGAUCAUCUUGGCUUUUGUAGCAUUUCUCUUAUUCCAUUGGAUUGCAUGACUUCUACAGUUCUAGUAUAUAUAAUCAUUAUAGUUUCGAUAGAAAUGCAAAUAGUUCUUUUUAUGGUUGUUAAUUUGUUAAAUGAAUGGUGUAGGUGGUAAUUUCUUAUUGUUUUAUAAUCUUCAGUUGUGAAUAAAAAUGUAUAAGUGGU